GAAUAAUAAAGUGGCGAGAAACUCUAAAACCCUGAAACGGUUACGUGGGAGAGAAAUCACAUUCUCUGAUCUGAGUCUCAACGGCAACGUCCGCGUCCACCGCUCCGCCGUCACGUCCACCGUCGGGAGUCUCCUCCACCGCAUAUCUCUUUCUCUCUCUCUGAGUUUCUCAUUCACAGGUUGGAACUUUGGAAUAUGAAUUACUACUUACAUUCAUGUUACUGACAGAUAUUCGAAAGAAGAAACUUUCCGGUUAAGUAUGGCAGCUGCACCUGAACAUCAUACCGGGAGCCUUAAAGAACAAAUAGCCAAGGUAUUUGAGGUCUCUUUGAAAGUUACUGUUCCUGAUGAGCCAGAUGUGGCUCCUCUUAUAGCCGUCUGUUCCAAAAAGGAAGCUGCCGAUUACCAAUGCAACAAUGCCAUGAGCUUGUGGUCUAAAAUAAAAGGCAAGGGUACAGAAUUUAGAGGCCCUCAACCUGUUGGACAGGCCAUAAUGCGGAAUCUUCCAACAUCUGACAUGAUAGAAUCAUGCUCCAUAGCUGGUCCUGGCUUUAUAAACGUUAAGUUAUCAACACAAUGGAUAGCCAAGAGAAUCCAGAAUAUGCUAACAGAUGGCAUUGACACAUGGGCACCAAGGCUUUCAGUCAAAAGGGCGAUAGUUGACUUUUCAUCACCCAACAUUGCAAAGGAAAUGCAUGUAGGUCAUUUGAGGUCAACUAUCAUUGGAGACACGAUAGCCCGUAUGCUUGAGUAUGCUAAAGUUGAUGUGCUUCGCAGAAACCAUGUUGGGGAUUGGGGCACUCAGUUUGGAAUGUUGAUUGAGUUUCUCUUUGAGAAGUUCCCAGAUGGGGAGGUUACUGAUCAGGAUAUUGGAGAACUAGAGUUGUUCUAUAAGGCAUCAAAACAGAGAUUUGAUGGUGAUGAUGAAUUCAAAGAGAGAGCCCGAAAGGCAGUAGUUGCUCUCCAGAGUGGCAAGGAAGAAAAGUACCAGAAAGCAUGGGCACAAAUCUGUGAAAUAAGUCGAAGGGGUUUCGAGAAAGUGUAUGAGCGUCUGGGGGUUCACCUGGAAGAAAUGGGUGAAAGCUUUUAUAAUCCCUACAUUCCUCUGGCUCUAAAGGAGCUCAAUGAUAAGGGUUUGAUUAAAGAUGACGAAGGCGCUAAGGUGAUAAAAAUUAUUGAAGGAAAAAAGGCACUUCCUCUUGUAGCUAUGGAGAAAGAUGGUCGUUACAGCUAUGCUUCAACAGAUUUUGCAGCUCUGUGGUCUCUGCUUCCUGAGGAAGAAGUCAAAUGGAUAAUAUUCGUCAUUCUCCAGAGUGGCACGGAAGAAAAGUACCAGAAGGCAUGGGCACAAAUCUGUGAAAUAAAUCGAAAGGGUUCAAAGAUAGUCUACCAGCGUCAGGGGGUUCACUUGGGUGAAAGCCUUAAUAAUACCUACAUUCCUUUGGCUCUAGAGGAGCUCGAUGAUGAGGGUUUGAUUGAAGAUGACGAAGACGCUAAGGUGAUAAAAAUUAUUGAAGGAAAUAAGGUGCCUCCUCUUAUAGUUACGAAGACAGAUGGUGGUUACAACUAUGCUUCAACAGAUCUUGCAGCUCUCUGGUAUCGGCUUAAUGAGGAAAAAGCCGAGUGGAUAAUAUACGUCACUGAUGUUGGUCAGAGAGAGCAUUUUAAAAAGAUCUUCGCUGCUGCUAAAAGUGCAGGGUGGCUUCCAGCUGAUGAAAGCAAAUACCCUAAAACAAGUCAUGUAGGGUUUGGUCUUGUUCUUGGUGACGAUGGGAAGAGAUUUAGAACUCGUAGUACUGAAGUGGUAAAGUUGGUCGAUUUACUCGAUCAAGCUAAACGUCGUUGUAAAGAAGCUCUUGUGGAACGAGUUAAGGUGGCUGAGUGGACUGCUGAGGAGCUUGAGCAGACGGCUGAAGCAGUUGGAUAUGGUGCUGUUAAGUAUGCAGACCUGAAGAAUAACAGAUUGACCAAUUACACAUUCAAUUAUGAUCAGAUGCUUAAUGAUAAGGGUAAUACUGCAGUAUAUCUGCUGUAUGCACAUGCUCGAAUAUGUUCGAUUAUCAGAAAAUCUGGUAAAGACAUAGAGCAGUUGAAAAGGGAGGGACAAAUGUUAUUGCAGACGGAUGAUGAACGCAAGCUGGGAUUGCAUUUGCUCCAGUUUGCUGAGGCUGUCGAAGAGGCUUGCACAAAUCUGUUACCAAACAUUCUCUGUGAAUAUCUAUAUGAUUUAUCCGAGAAGUUUACAAGUUUCUACUCAGAGUGCAAGGUUGUUGGGUCUGCUGAGGAGACCAGCAGAUUAUUGUUGUGUGAGGCAACUGCAGUGGUGAUGAGGAAAUGCUUUCAUCUUUUGGGCAUUACUCCCGUCUACAAAAUUUAAUAACUAGUUUUGCAAUCUGGCCCUGAAGCUCAAUACACCCUUGAAGUUGUGAAUGUUCGUCUUUUUCGGCCCGUAUUUAACUGUAAUCUUAAUGUCUCUUGAUAUUA